AUGGAUAGACGACGAGGUGGCCCAUCACGGCUAUAUUCUGAAGGGCGCGCCAACAGGUUAAUAUCCACAUGGCCCACGGACGAUGAUCUACCCGGAGAAGGCUGGAAGAGCCUUAAAGAGAACUACAAGAAACUCUCGACUUCAUUGGAUGAAGUUCGAAAGAAUGCGGACGCUGAAGCUCAAUUACUUCACGUUGCUCUGGAGCACCUUGAGGUUCUUAUGGCCUUAAGGAAGGCACCACCCGAACAGAUUACAGUUGCAGAUAAACGAGCUAAGCGAGCGCCUCGAGCUUCAUCUCCUGCUGGUACGCCCACACCAGGGCAAACUCAAAGCUCGAGUCGGGGGGUCUCUAUAACUCUUCCCCCGCGAACGAGCUCCGUAGGGCCGUCCAAUAAGAAGAGGAUACAUCCGCUGCAAGGCGGUCGUAAAGUCGCAUUGUGGAACAGUCGGGUAAACCCCAACUCUGAAGAAGACUGGAUUCUUGCCAUCGUCAUCAGAGUUGUUAGCAGUGAGAAAGGGAAAUACGUAUAUGAAGUCCGAGACGCUGAAGAGCAGGAAGGCUCGCAGGCUGCGAGCUUCACUGCUCCUCAGAAGUUUGUGAUCCCACUUCCGGAUCCCAAAGCAUCUUCUCUACACGAGUUUCCAGUGGGUUCGACAGUUCUAGGACUGUAUCCUGAUACAAGUUGUUUCUAUCGUGCCGAGGUCAUGGCUACUCCCAAGCAGAUGACGGCCUUGUCCGGGGCCAAGCAACCAAUUUACAAGCUCAAGUUCGAGGAUGACGACAACCAGGAGCACGCUGUAUCGGCAGAGUGGGUGGUUGAACAUCCCCACCCGUCCGCACCAUCCUGA